AUGCCGACGCUCAUGCUCCGAAGGGCAACUUUUGCGAUGCGUGCCGAUGACGUCAUACGGAAUGUCGAUCACUGGACGCACGGCGUGCGCGCUCGCUCGCCAUUUGCAUUUGAUGAUCGUCGCAUCCACAUACGUUGUUGCAUCAUGGACGCCGCACAACUAAUUGCAGUCGUGCAAGAGUAUGAAGAGUUAUAUAAUUUAAGACACCUUUUUUAUUCUAACCAACAAAGGAGGGACAAUAUCUGGGAAGAAGUUGGACGAAGAUUAAAUAAAAGCGGUAAUGCAUGCAAGGAGCGAUGGACCAGAAUUAGAGAUAAGUAUAGGAAGGCUUUGAAUUUGCGCAAGACAAAAAGCGGCCAAGCAGCAUCAAAGAUAAAAGCUCCUAAAUUCUCACAAAAACUUUCUUUUCUAACACCGUAUCUAAACGAUGAGGAAGAACGGCGUUCAAACCUAUCACCUAGAAGUGCCAACAAUAACGAAGAAACACAACUUGAGUCACUGAAUGAAUUAGGUUAUCCAGAUAACAAUGUAUCAAGCGAUGUACAAAGUGAACAAUCCAUGCAAUCCUUGGGAUCAUCACGAAUUAUCCGUAAGAAAUCGAUCUUCGCAACUUCACAAGCUUCACAAGACCCAACUGCAGCCAGCGUUCUACAAGAUUACUUAAGCACGGCCGAAACCAGAAACCAGAGCGAUCCUCUUCUCGAUUUUUUCAUAAAUAUGGCAAAAACAUUAAAGACUUUUCCUUUACAAGACCAAGUUAACAUUAGAGCUCAAUUAUUUAAAAUGGUUAACAACGUAGAGAUGAGGCUUGCGACUACUCCAAUAGAUCGUGUUUCUGACCCUUCGACAUCUGGUUCUAACGUGAGAAUAGUUUCAAAUGUAAUGCUUAGUCCGGCACCGACUGGUUGGAAUUCAAUGUUUCCUCAAUCGGCUUCUUCAAAUACAACGAUGUUUGCUGCACCUGCUAUGAACGAAACUCUACACAUUCUGCCUCUGGAACCUUCGACAGUGUAUUCUCGGUCGUCUACACCCAACGAAAGGCCAAUGAUGUCUCCACCUGACACUAGCCAAUCCAUUUUAGAAGAUAAAAAUAAUGUGAAACUCGGCCAAUAUUUACGUCUUAAAUAA